CUUGGGAGUUGUAGUUUUUUACACGACGCUUUCUUUUUGCCCGUUUUGCUCAAGGUUUGUGGAGCUCGCGUAAGGUACACUGCUCUCUGCAGAGAAUUACAUCACACAGACAUGAAAAUAGACGUCAGCACUGUUUGAAUUUAUGGGAACAUGUCCAAGAAAAAAGGCAGGAAACGCAGCAGUGGGGAGCUGGGCGAUACCUUGACUCCUGACCCCAACAACAUGGUGGGCAUGCGGAUCCAGCACAGCUGGCGGGAGAAGGGCGCUCUCACCAAGUGGAAGGGCACCGUCCUCGACCGCUUGACCGUCAACAACUCGCUCUUCAUGGUCAAGUACGACGGCUUCGAUUGCGUCUACGGCAUCGAGCUCUUCAAGGAUGCUCGGGUCUCCAACCUGCAGGUCCUCACUGAGAAAGUCGUGAACAAUAAGAUCAAGGUCCCUCACGAUGCAGAGGAGCUAGUGGGCAAAGCGGUGGAACACCUAUUUGAGAAGGAAGAUGGAGAAAAGAAUGAAUGGAGGGGAAUGGUGCUCUCUCGGGCUCCCAUCAUGACCAACUGGUACUACAUCACCUAUGAGAAGGACCCUGUCCUCUACAUGUACCAGCUCUGGGACGACUACAAGGAUGGAGACCUGCGUAUUUUACCCGAAGCAGAGAACAAGCACUUACUCCCAGCUGACAGGAAGCCAGGGGAGGAGAUAGAGAGCCUUGUGGGUAAGCAGGUAGAGUACGUUACUGACAAGGGCGUGAAGAGAACCGGCUUAGUCAUCUACCAGGUUCCUGCCAAGCCGUCUGUCUACUACAUCAAAUACGACGAUGACUUUCAUAUCCAUGUCUAUGACCUGGUCAAGACGACCUAAAAGGACCCAGCCUUUUGUCCUUUUUGCUUGCUGAUCAUUACUGGCCAUUUUAAUGUCCCAUUGCAUUCUGGGAAAGAGACGGUGGUAUACUAGGCUAUUGUUAAACCCACAAUUCGUCCAGAAGAAUCAGUUUAUAAAGGGUCUUUUUGUCCGCAGCAUUCACUUUGGGUGUCGUUCUGUAGACAACCAAAGAGGGUUGAGGGUGCUUCCUUACAGUGAUGGAAGGGUUUUCCCAAAUGAACAAAGCGCAACAGCAACGAAGACACAUAGAUGUUUGUGAGUUUUGCUAGAUUGUCAGAUAUGGAGCAUCCUGUAUGAAAUACCUUAGGCUGUUAAGGUCAUAAGCAAGCUAUAUUUAUUUUCUAAAUAUUUUUCAUUCUGUCAUACAUUCUUAUUUCAAGAGGGUAGCUUUGCAAGUUAUUUGACAUUUUUUAAAAUGACUUUCUGAGCUGAGAAUAACAUAUCAUUUCAGGAGUUUUAAAUUUACGGUUUUAAUAAUGUGAAGGAACAGAAUGCCUUGUUUAGGGCAGCAGUAUCUGUACUUUAAAUUUAAUGUGUUAAUGCAAUCAGUACUUUGAUGAUUCAGAGUCAGUGCACUGUAAUAUGAGAUUUUUUUGCUUUUAAGAAUGGUUGUCACAUAAAGCAUCAUUGAUUCAUUUGAAUGAAGAUUUAGGUAAAUGAGAAAAGUAAUCGAUAUAAAUUCUGAACAAAUAGUCUACGAAGUAGAUGUGAGGGAGUUGAAGGUGAUGCCAGAACUAACAUGAUCGGCCAGUUUAAUCGCAGAUUUUUGUGGUAAUUUGAAAAAUGCCAGAAAUCGAUAUUUUACUUUUUUCGGCGGUUCUGCAUUUGUUGUUAUUUUGGUUUCUAAUUUAAAAAUGUAUAUUUAGAUGGUUUAAUGUCACCUUGAAUGUAUUGUGUAGAUCGACGCUAUUCCGUGACUUUGAUAAUGUAUAUUUUUUGAACGUGCUGUGAGACAGCCAAGCCUUUCUGCACAGAGCCACCCAUUAAAUAUAUUGAAAGGAAUCAGAAUACAGUGAACACAGAAUUUAAUAAGUUUGUGAUUUGCAUUUUAAAUUGUGAUUCACGUGUAUUUAAGUUAUAUGGGUAUUCACCUAUAAGACCCUAGAGUGGCUAUAAGACGUUUUUUGCUUAUAAACCUGAAACAGAUUUUGAAAUGAGCUAUAAUAGACGACCAGUGGGGGAGUGUGCAGUCAUUGACCUUGGUGAUGGUCACAGUGAUCUAGUAAGAGUGAGUGAUGAAGUGUAAGGCGGUUUGGCCUUAACAUCUACUGCAUUGUGAUAAAUACUGUCUGUCCCAACACCAGCUCUAUGAGGAGUCCAGCAGGCUGGGCUUAAGCUCCCAAUCAGAGGGAGCCCUUGGUGAUCAUGUGACCAUGUCAUCUCCCUAUUUGGUGCACCGUCAGAGUUCUCUCUGCUUAAUGUAGCCACUGCCCCAUUGACAGAUCCAAUCUGCAGGGAGCUGAGUAUCGGUAGCCCUUACACCGCGGUGGCUUCUGGCCGUCUCAGCCAGGUUCCGCUCUGGCAUCCCUCUCGCCAUCCUGUAAAUGCAUAAACUGUUCAUUUGUGCAUAGCUCAUAAAGUGUCCAUUUUGUAAAUCACAUGAAGCAGGCUGAGACGAUAACAGCUAAGUACAGCACAGUUUCCUUGUACAUACACAUCUGUCACAAACAGGCAUAAUUAAUGUCCUCUGGGACGAAAAUAAUAUUACUUGUGAUAUUAAACCAUACAGCUAUAUAUAUAUUUAAUUUAUGCAUUAUAUGAAUUGUAUGUAUCCAUCCAAAUUUAAAAACUCCCAUUUUGGGCAAUUAGCAUGAAUUCAUCUCUGACCACGAUACCCACAGGCAUUUUCGCCUGGUUUUACUCACCGGUAAUGAAUUAGGAUAAUGCACUCUGCUAACGUUCGGUCAUAUUAUCCCAUGGGUAGUUUGUAUACUUGUCAGUAGGGAAAUUAAGCAGCACUCUGUCACCUUACUCCAUCAACUUGUGUAAAGAAAAAAAAGUUUUGCAUGAUAAUUUACACUCUUGCAUUAUUCCCAUUGUGAAUACCAAACUGUCCAUUAAAUGAUGCAAUUAGGUCCUCGGUGUUUGGUUGUAAUCUGUCCUUGUGCUUUUGAUUUAAUGUACUUGUAAAUGCUCCCUAGAAAUACCCUUCAAAUGACGUGUUCAAUCAGGCUGAUUUGAUCGAUAGCGGUGCCCCUUUUCUCUCCUUUAUGUGCGAGGAAACACACAUGCUGUCUUUUCACAGGUUGAUGACUGUUACUGUCAUUUCAAUAAAUCUUUUGUUACUAAAUGAUUAACUACUGGUGUGUGGGAAUGUCAGUAACGGAAAAUAAGUCAAAAAUAUGACAACACACAAGAACCAGACAAUAUAUACAAAACAUUCGCCGAUUCUUAAGGCAUGUCACAGCACUGUCUGCUACAAUUUAUUUCAAGCAGAGUAUAUUUAAUAAACAUAAUUACAGUAUCUUGCCUGAUAUAAUCAUUUCUUCAGAAAAUUUUACCUAUGUAAUUUUUACUAAAAACAGAAAAAAAAAACAUUUUUUGUACAUAUCUAUGUACAUUCUUGUAAAUGAAUAUUGAACUUGCGUUCAAUUUUUCACUGCUGUUGUUUCCAAAUUAGUUGAAAAUUUCAGUAAAUAAAACAAUGGGAUGCUGUUAGAAAAUAUAACCUGUCCAUAGAAGCUAAGCUGCAAUGGGAUUCUAGAAUGUGUUGCAAGGGACAUUUUGGGUGCUGGUUUGCAUUAUUGCUAUUGACAUUAAGGACACUGUUGUGUACGUCGCCGUUGCUGUUUAGCACUUCUGAAAGACUAGAACGGUUAAACGCAGAAAUGCUACAAAGUAGCAUUAGCUCUGUAGAUAAAAGUCUGCAUUUACAGGUCUGGUAAAAUGGCGCAGCUUCUUUUAUCCAUUCAACAAAGCAGCACAAAGUCAAUGCUAUUUGGAGGUAUAUUUGUUUGUAAAUUGUCCAUCUGUGUCAUUUGCACAAUAAUAUUCUUAAUCCUGGAUUGCAGGGCUUCUGAAAUCUAUGAUUUUAUAUGAGUGUUGGAGUAAGAACACCCUUCGGACACUGAUGGGUACGUAUGUACCAGCGCUUCGGACCGAAGAACCUCAUGGUCAAGACCAAUUAUGAACAAAUCGUGUUUUCUGGUAUUUAUGGGUAUCUAAUCCUUGCUUGUGCUAGUUCCUUUGUAACGUGUGGUUUUGUGCACUCUCCAACCUCGCUGGAAGGCUGCUUCGCUUCAACCUUCCCUCGCUGUACUUGUUAUCACUGCUGUUAACCAAAGCUUUGCUAAGUAGUGUUGAACUCAUCAUCCCGUUUGUGUAAUGAUACUAUGGUUAAUAAAGAGAUAUUUUUUGCA